AUUAUCAGUCCACGCACUUAACUUGACUAUUAUUGUCCUCUUUUUACUUUGAAACAAGAACACCACCUCAAGGAUGGAAAGCGGCGACACAUCUCAACUGCACGGGCGCGAGAAAGUUGAUGUUGAGCUCUUUCGCUACGUUGCAGCAUCACUAGACAAAGAAGAGAUCUUCCACGUUCUAGGAUUCGAAUUCUUACAACGCUAUAAUCUGGUGCGGUUGCAAAAUAAACUCGCCAAGAUACGAGAAAGCAUUCAUGCAGAUCUCGGCCAAAAAUGCGACGAAAGAAGUCUAAAUGAUACAUUGAACGAAUACAGCCAAUCAAUUAAGAACUACAAUAUGUUCCGCGGGCUUAAACCACUCAGUGAAGAAAGAACUGAAGAGCGAAAAGCGCUAUUGAAGACUUCGUUCCCAUCCCUCAUGAGCCAAUGCCGAUGGACAAAACCCUUCGAGUCUCAUUAUUACGCAUUGAAUGACAACAAAGCAAAAGUUGACAAUCUUCGCAAGGUCCUUCGCCAUUUACUACCCCGCCAUCUUGCCUACUCCAAUGCCGAGCGAGUACGGCGACAACGAGAGUUCGAGGAGGGCAAGCCUCCCCAUGAGAUCAGUGCUGUUGUCGAUAGACUAUCUCGGCUCAUAGUUGCUCUUGCGGGUGGGGCCUUCUUGAUUGUUCCCAUGCUGAUUAUGGCUAUCAACCCUACCCAGACUAAGAGCUUAGUGACGGCGUCUGUGGGAACCCUUUUGUUUUCCUGUGCUAUCUCUUUGGGACUGAGUUCAAGCAACAAUGAGACAAUGGUUUCGACAGCUACGUACGCUGCAGUUUUGGUAGUGUUUGUGGGCAUCACCACGACUAAUAAUUCGAUCCCGACAACGUAAUGAGAUAGCAUUUGUAUAAGAUCCAUAAGUAGCAACUAAGUUCGCUCGUGUACUCGAUAAUCAACUCGUUUUCUGACUUCAUAAGUAAGAGUCAUGUUUCAGG